AUGCAUCCAGACUCCAUCCCCAUCCAGAGCGAAGGGUUUGUCGUUUGCUCCAGCUGUGGGCGAGCGCUGGCCGAGGUGAUUGAUCAGGGCACGGAGUGGCGCAAUUUCGGCAACUCGGACAAGAAUAAAUCCAAUGCCGACCCCUCGCGCGUGGGUGCAGCCGAGGACAAACUCUAUCAGGAUGGUCAGCUCUCCACCAUGGUGGGUCACUCCAAGGUUGAGCUGCCCUGGGCACAAUGGCAACACCGGACCCAGGCCACCAACCAAAAGACCCUGAGCAAGGUUUAUGGUAUGAUUCAGACCCUGGCCAGUCGCAUCGGCCUCGAGAGCUCCCACGUCGUCCGCGAGGCCAAGCACUAUUGCAAAACCGUCUUGACCGUUGGCACCCGCACCAGUCGCAGUCACGAGUACAUAGCUGCUGCCUGCCUCUUCUUGGCUUGCCGCAACAAUAACGUGGCCAAGCCGGCCCGCGUCAUUGCCACCUACGCCAACCUUUCCGAGCGCGACUUGUUGCGUACUAGCCGCAAUCUCACCCCCAUCCUCGAGGAGCACGACGAAGUGGGCAUCAUGGUCGGCAGCGCCGAUCCAGCCGAGUUCUUGCCCAACAUCUGCGCCGAGCUCAAACUUCGCAACGUGGCCUCUGUUCGUCAUAUCGUGCAUGUUGUGCGCAAAGUCCUGCAUCUGCUCGAUGGCAAAAAACCAGACACGGUGGCUGCCGUUUGCGUUUACUACUACCUUUUGGGCCGUGGUUCAAGCUCAGCCAAGGCCCUCGUCGCCGUGGGCGACGCUACCGGUGCCUCCGAGGCUGCCAUCAAGGGCGCCUACCGCGAGCUGUAUCCCGUCCGCGCCUACCUGUUCGACCCCAACGAGGCCCCUGUCGUGGGACUGGAUGCCUUUCCCCUGCACAGCAAAGAUACGCCUGAGAACGACAAGCUCGUGGAACAAGCCCGUGCCGCUGGCCUGCUCUCAUAUGUCGCUGUCAGCACAACCCCGGCAGAUCAGGGCGAAGUGGACGAGUAUGGAGCUCUGUUCAAUGACACCACGCCCGCCUCGUCGCACUCAGCCCGAGGCCCUUCCCAAGAGCAGCCGCAAGUGUACAUGGACGUGCCCACAAGUCAGACGGGUGCUGUCGUCAAGAGCGAACCCGAUACCAAUGACAAUGAAGCUGAUUUCUUUUAA